ACAAGUUAUAAAUUUAAUAUGUUUGACACCAAAUUUACAUUUCUUAACCCUUGCCGUACCGGCCGGGGUCAUUUCUGACCCCAACCUGAAAAAUAUACAAAUAUGCUAAAAAUAUUGUUUUUUCUCAGCUUUUUUAAGCUAUUAGCAUCGCUUAAGAGUAGAUCUAUGUCGUUUCAUCUAAAAGGGAAUAUACUUAUUUUCCAUAUCGAUUCAACCCCCUGAUACAAAACUAUGUCUUAAGUAUCUAUCAAAUAUAUGAGAGAAAGGAAAAAAAGUUUCAAAAGAUAUUCUAAUGAUUCAUUUACUUAUCUGAAUGGGUAUAAAUUUUCGAUUUUUUGAAAGGAAUUUUUGAAUGGUUUAUAGCUAUCCAAUCAUAAAGGAAAAUGACUUAUAUCGUUGUAGAUCAAAUAUACGAUUUACCUUCUUUUUCUAUAUAAAAGUUUUUUCUCAAAUAAUCUGCAUCUAACUGUGUGUGGUAUUGCAAUUACGAAUAUGACCAGUUCCAUAUUAGAAGAAAAUGAUUCUGAUUAUUUUGAUGAUGAAAAUAGUGGUUCGGAAACAGAAGAUCAUGAAAGUCAAACAUCGGAUGAUGAUGAUGAAAUUGAUUUAGAAAAUCUUUAGAACCAAUCAUAAAUGACAAUUCUGCUCAAGCAAAACGAAAAAGAUGUUCUUUUUGUGAACGUUCAAAGGACAAAAAAACAUCAACUCAAUGCAGUGUUUGUUCUGCGUUCGUUUGUGAUGAACAUUCUGUUAAACGUAUUUUUUGUAACACUUGCUGCAAAUAAAAAAUGUCAUUCUAGUAAUUUUUUUUAUUGCAUCGAAUAUGAAAAUGGCAUAUUUCCUCAGGGGAGUAUCCCAAAGUACAAAAAAAUAUUUUAUGAAAAUAUAUAUUGUCAAUAUAGUACUUAAAAUAGGCCGGUACGGCAAGGGUUAAAAUGGAAUUUUCAAUCGAUCGAUCAAACUAAAUUAAAAUCAAUUGAACAAAGUGAAAAUUUUCGAUCUCUAUCAAAUACAAAUAAAAUUCAAAAUUUACAAAUUCUUCAUUGUUGUUCAUUCGAUGAAAUUCAAUUUUUUAUUAAUUUAUUUCCACAAUUAGAAUCUCUACAAACUGGAGUAUUUCGAAAACAAAUCGUUCAAAUUACACGAUGUUUAUUAUCAAAAAUGGAUCAUUUAUUUUUUUUACAUAUUACAGAUAUUAUUAAAACAUAUUUAAAAAAAUUAAAUUUUUUAAUUAAAUCAGAAAAUUUACUUGAUGAUUAUUUGAUUAAAUUUAUUGAUCAUGAUUUAUAUUUAUGGUGGUAG